AUGGGGAUCCGUCCUUCUCCACGGGAAGCGGGUCCCAGCUUGCUCGCCCAGCACGCCUAUGCGGUCAGCUUCUCCAGCAGAGUUUCCACUCUGGCAGCAUUUGAUUGUAUUGAUGAUACUAAGCUUGUGAAGCAGAUAAUCAUAUCAGAAAUCAUCAGUUCCUUGCCCAGCAUAGUAAAUGACAAAUACGGGAGGAAAGUCCUGUUGUACUUGCUGAGUCCCAGAGAUCCCGCCCACACAGUUCCCGAAAUCAUCGAGCUUCUGCAGAAGGGUGAUGGCAACGCACACAGUAAGAAAGACACCACCAUCCGCCGGCGUGAGCUCUUGGAAUCCAUCUCCCCAGCUUUGCUAAACCACCUGCAAGGACAUGCGCAAGAGGUGGUGCUGGACAGGUCUGCAUGUGUGUUGGUGUCUGACAUCCUGGCAUCUGCUACUAGAGAUGUUCAGCCUGCCAUGGAAGCCAUCGCGAGUUCGGCAGCCGUGGAACUGCAUCCUGGUGGCAAGGACGGUGAGCUGCAUGUUGCCGAGCAUCCUGCGGGACAUCUCGUUCUCAAAUGGUUAAUAGAGCAAGAUAAAAAGAGGAAAGAAAAUGGAAGAGAAGGCUGUUUUGCAAAGACUCUUGUAGAGCGCGUUGGCAUGAAGAACCUCAAGUAA